AGCUGGGAUAUGGAGGGACAUGCAGGAGGGGGUCUCAGGGACCUGGGGGUGGGAGGAGCGUUGGCCAAUCCUGCAUGUGUGGUCCUCGGCAGCAGCCUCCCUGGCAUGGGGGUGAAGCGGAGCCUUCAAAGCGGGGGCACCUUGCUGGGCUUCUUGGCCAACAUCCUCACCAUUCUGUCCAUGGCCACCAACUACUGGAUCCGCUACUCUGGGGGCCACAGUGGCCUGUGGCAGGAGUGCAGCGGGGGCACCUGCUCCAACAUCUCCUGCCAGACCAUGCUGGCGGUGACCGGGGCGUGCAUGGUGCUGGCGGCGGGCUGCAGCAUCGUGGGCUUGGUGAUGGGGCUGCGGAUUCUGUGCCAGGAGGGCGACUCGCGGGGCCGGACCACAAGUGCCAUCUUCUUCCUCUGCGGCCUGCUGCAGCUGAUCGCCAUGACAGGCUACACAGUGAAGAAUGCAGGGAAAAACGACGUCUUCUUCUCCUGGUCCUGUUUUUCGGGGUGGCUGGCUUUACCCUUCUCUGUUCUCGCGGGCUUCUGCUUUCUGCUGGCGGACAUGAUCAUGCAGAGCACGGAUGCCAUCAGUGGAUUCCCCGUGUGCUUAUGACCGCAGCUGCC